CAGUAUUUAAUUUAUAAAAUGGCAGGCUACGUCACCGGAGCCUCGAUAAUUGCCAUGAAAUAUAAUGAAGGAGUUUUAAUGAUGACUGAUACCAAAUGGAGUCUUGGAAGGAUGGCUCGGUAUAUGAAUGUGCUUAGGCUUGAAAGCGUUUCUUCAAAUACUCUUUUCGCAACUUCAGGAGAUGCAGCUGACCACCAAUAUCUUACCAGAGUACUCAAACACGCAGUACACACUGACCUCUUGGAACACAACAAUGACGCGUCAAAAGCUCUACUUAACCCUGAAAUGCUCUUAAACUAUACAUCCAGACUUUUAUAUCACAGAAGGACUAAACUUGACCCAGUUCUGGUCUCUGCAGUUGUUGGAGGACUCAGUAACGGCAAACCAUUUCUCGGUUAUACGGACUACUAUGGAACUAAAUAUACCGAUAACUUUGUUGUAACAGGACUGGGUAAAUAUUUUGCAAUUGGCCCACUGAGAGAGGAACAUAGAAAUGAUAUGUCUUUGUCUGAAGCAAAGGAGCUUGCUCUCAAGUGUAUGAGGGUUUUAUACUUGAGGGACUGUCAAGCCUCAGUUAGGGUUCAAGUUGGCUUCGUUAACAAGGACGGGGUUUUCGUAGAAGAACCAUUUGUUCUCGAUUCUAAAUGGGAUUUUAAAAAAUUCGCAGCUCCAACUUCCGCUUUACCAAUUGCCGGAACUCAGUUUUAAUAUUCUCACUUAAUUUACUAAUUUCCUAAACU